AAACGCCAUCUUUAGCCGCCGACGACUAAAGUAUUGUAGCAGAGUUGUGAAGAGAAACUGGUGUCAGGCGCCGGGAAAACCCAAACGCUUUUAGAAAUCCCUCUCUGAAGGUGUUGUAGUCAGGUGUCGCUGCGCUGUCAUAUGGUCCAAUGUGUGUCAUCGCUCCGACACCUUCUGCGCAGUUUUCUUGUGUCGCUCCCGGUUGACGUUGAGUGAUCUCGCCAAAGAAACAGCAAACGACGGGGGGUGAAAGCCAGGAUGAAACGAGGCCUCCAAGGGAAUGAGCAAGCGGAUGGAGGGGGCCCCAGCAGCGGGUGUGACAAGACUCUUAAACGGUCCUGCAAGCAGAAGAGGGAGAAAGAUUUAGGAAAAGGGGGAACCAACUGGGAGCGUUUGCCCCAGGAGAUACUGCUUCAUGUUUUCCAGCACCUGCCUUUGCUGGACAGGGCGUAUGCUUCUCAGGUGUGUCGCGGUUGGAAUGAGGCCUUCCACAUGCCAGAGCUGUGGCGCUGCUUUGAGUUCGAGUUGACCCAGCCAGCCAGUUCCUACCUGAAGGCCACUCACCCAGAGCUAAUCAAACAGAUCAUCAAAAGGCACUCGGACCACCUGCAGUACGUCAGCUUCAAGGUGGACAGCAGCAGAGAGUCUGCAGAGGCAGCGUGUGACAUCCUCUCCCAGCUUGUGAACUGCUCUUUGAAAACCCUGGGUCUCAUUUCCACAGCUAGGCCCAGCUUCAUGGAGAUGCCCAAGUCUCACUUCAUCUCAGCACUGACGGUGGUUUUUGUAAACUCCAAAUCCCUGUCCUCUUUGAAGAUCGAUGAUACCCCUGUGGAUGACCCUUCUCUCAAGGUUCUGGUGGCCAACAACAGUGACACCCUCAAACUGCUGAAAAUGAGCAGCUGCCCUCAUGUUUCACCUGCAGGCAUCCUGUGUGUGGCUGAUCAGUGCCAUGGCCUGAGAGAGCUGGCUCUCAACUACCACUUGCUGAGCGACGAGCUCCUCAUUGCGCUCUCCUCAGAGAAGCACGUUCACCUUGAGCAUCUCCGGAUCGAUGUGGUGAGUGAGAAUCCAGGCCAGCAGUUCCACACCAUCAAGAAGAGCAGCUGGGACGCCAUGGUACGCCACUCCCCCAAAUUCAACCUGGUCAUGUAUUUCUUCCUCUACGAGGAAGAGUUCGGCCCUUUCUUCCGCGAUGAAAUCCCCGUUACACAUCUGUACUUCGGCCGCUCCGUCAGCAAAGACGUGCUGGGGCGCGUUGGGCUCACCUGCCCACGUCUGGUAGAGCUGGUGGUGUGCGCCAACGGGCUGCGGCCAUUGGAUGAAGAGCUCAUCCGCAUUGCCCAGCACUGCACGCAGCUGUCCGCCAUUGGCCUGGGAGAAUGCGAGGUGUCCUGCAGCGCCUUCGUGGAGUUUGUUAAGAUGUGCGGGAAAAGACUGACACAACUAUCCAUCAUGGAAGAAGUGCUGAUUCCAGAUCACCGUUACGAGCUUGAUGAUAUCCACUGGGAGGUGUCAAAGCUCCUGGGUCGCGUCUGGUUUCCAGACAUGAUGCCUACGUGGUAGAGCUCCAGGUGAACGUGCAAGUUUAUGUAUUCAGGGAACAAUUACUUUCCAGAAUACACAAGGAAAUCGUAUCUUUUCUGGGUUUUGAUCUGGCAGUACAUUUUAUUCUCAAAAUCAUGUAGCAUGAAUUAAAACUCCACCUUGCUGGUUUAUUAUCAGAUUCAUAAUUUUUCAGUCAUAAUAUUCAGUACAUUGUUCUUCUUAGUUCUGCAGAUGGUUAUUUGUAGCAUUUUGGGGUAUUCAGGGAUGAUGCGUAACAGGAAAUACUUCUACAGGAGAGAGAUUAAUAUACAGGUUGAUUGUACUAAAUCUUAAAUUGUGUUGUGCAGAAAUAUCGAUAUAUAUUUUGUACAUAUAUAAAUAUAUAAUUUGCCUUAUUGCAACCGGGCUAAAGUACAGUCCUGUUAAUUAAAACCACAAACUUAAAAAAAAAAAGAAACAACCCUUUAAUUUGACUAAUAAAAUGAAGACCUUUUGAGCGGAUCGUCGUAUUCAGUACAUGAUGUCUUUAAAGUUAUGCAAUGUUGUUAAGCUAAUAUGAUUGUUUGUGUUCACUCAAAAAUGUUUAACUUUGGUGAAAGCUUUUCUUGUUGUUUUUUUUAUCUGACCCUUUGAGUGAAGCAUUGGCAUAUUACGAAAGACAUCUCUCAUGAUCACAUGACCUGUGUUCAGGUAGGCAGCAGCACAAGUGGGUCUGUGUUGUUAUUUUUUGUUUGGUUUUGGUCUCUAUUUGUCAUUAACUACUUUACACUGUUUGACGUUCCCUGAAUGCCUUUCUGUGUCGCUACAUCUCAUGUAUAAAAAAAACACCAGAUUCUCUUUCAAUGACUUGUGUUUUAUGCUGGCAAAGCUAAAGGCAGCAACUUAUCCACUUUUCUAAGAACAGCAAGUGACUUUGACCAUGAUCACCUUACUCUGAAUAUACUGUGUAAAUAGUUAUGAAUGAUGCUUUAUAUUUUUGUGUUAUAUUUCUUCAUUGCCUGACUCAUCUUUGUGUGGUAACUGUAAAUAUCAAAGGGUUAUAUUUAAAAACAAACGAGAGGGAGAAAUUCUUAUGAUGGACUUUAUACAGUAUAUUUGUACAUAUAUAGAUCAUUUUUGUAUGCACUUUUUUUCUCUAAUGAAGGUUGACGUUCAGAAGAUGAAGUUCAGUGUCAUCAGGAUUUAAAAAUAGCACAAGUUUUCAGCGUUGUAACCGUUGAAUUUUAACAAUUGUCUGAAAAGUUAUUGUUUCCUUGCUUUAAAUAUAUUAAUACUGCAAUUUUAAUUUUAUAAUAUAUUGUUAAAAGUGGGAUUGUUUAAUUAUUGCCUGACAUACACAUUUAUUCUGGGUAGACAGACACACUUAUUCACAAUAUUAAACUCAUAAAAGCUUUGUUAGUUAAAGAAAGUAUAUAUGCCAUAUAUUUUGCCAAAGCACUUUUAAAUUUUUUAUUUUUUUUUAAAAUCCAUAAGGACCCAAUAUGACAUAGGUGUCACACUUCCUUCAAAUGUCCUGGACUGUUCCUAAACAUACGGUCCACUUUUUCAAUGUUUUGCACCCCCUCUUUUUUCAUCAAGUAGAAAUGGGUCUGGGUUCUUCUAAUGUAAAGGAAGCUAAAAAAAAUCAAAUCAUCAGAAAUUCACAAACUGAUUGAUUGAUAUGUCCUUCUAGAAAAACGUAUUACUCGAUACAAUCACAUUUACUAAUUCUUCCUUAACAUCUACACUAAAGUAUGCAUUAACGUCUAAUAUCAGUGAAUAUUUUACCAGAUAGGUAGUACCCCCCCCCCCCCCCCCCCAGCAGCAGAACCUGGACACGUGGUGUUGCAGCUGUAGUGUUCCUAACCUCACUACUGCUGUAAUGUAAAAGCUAAAAAUCUUGUUGAGUUUUGAUUUGCACAGCCCUCCAGACAGGACAAGCAUGUUGUUCAUGUAACCUGAAUAUUUGCCUGACUGUGUAUAAGUGUGUAUCAUUAUUAAUUGGUUGCAUUUGAGUGAAACAACAAUUAAAAGUUGUCUUAAGG